AAAGAGGGAAAAAAAAUAACCCUUCUUGUAAAUAGUAUUUUUUUUUUUUCAAAUCAUAAAAAAAAAAAGAAAAAAAAAAGAGGUUUAGAGUUAUAACUGAGACUUGCGUCCUUCCGUGUCUUUUUAUUUAAGAAAUACUUUAUAACAAUGUCAACUCAAUCGCUUGAAAAAGCUCUUCCUACUGAGUGUAUUCACGAAAUAAUUUCACAUUUGGUUCACGACUCGAAAGCUCUUAACAACUGUAUACGUACUAAUCGUUUAUUUGCGCGACUUUCUGCUACACUUCUUUACAAAAAUCCUUGGAAAUAUUUUCUUAUUGAAGAGGAAGAAAGUGAACUUGUCAAAAGAGAAAUUAACCCAAAAGGAGCUUUAUUAAUUAGAACAUAUUUAAGUUGUUUGGAAAAUGAUUUUUCUUUGGAAUUCCCCUCUUUAGGAGAAAAUUUUAUAUUAAUUCAAUCUAGGGCAUCACUUGACUAUAUUUCUUUUACACGUCAUAUUAGUGUACCUACAAUGUAUCGAUUUCUUGAAGCUAUGAUUACAUCUACAUCUACAAAUGCUGAUAAACCUCGUAUCAUUCAAGAAGCUUUUUUGGCUUUAUCAAAGGCAUUUAAUGAUCGUUGUAUCUCUAUUGAUUCUUUAGAAACUUGUCUGCAAACUACGUCUGAUAUCUUUUCUCCAAUUAUUCAAAAAUUUCCUAAUAUUGCUCAUUUAGAUCUUUUACAAUAUGAAAAUACUGAUGAUGACUUGAGAUUUAUCACUAAAAAUUGUAAAAGACUUCGCGUUUUUAAAUUUUCUGUACGUAAUUGUAAUCCAGCACUUUUAUCAAAUCUUGUAGAAACACAAAAAGAUUAUCUUGAUGAACUUUGUAUUAGGAUUACUGCUUCUCCAAAACAAUUAUUAGCAGGAUUAUCACCUUCUGUUAUCUCUAAAAUUACUGAUCUUCGAAUUAAUGGUCUUCAUAUUGAUCAUGCAUUGGAUGGUCUUAUAUUUAAAAGAUUAAAAUCUUUGGAUCUUAGUGAUUGUUAUAGUGUUGAAGAUAAGACUUUUAAUUUAGUGGAAUUUGGUAAUAUGUUAACUGAAAUUAAUCUCUCAGAGACUAAAGUAUCAGAAGAAGCAAUUAUUUCACUCGCUACUCAUUGUAAACAAAAUCUCAAGAAAUUGAUCAUGUUACCUUGUGGUGCUGCUGAUUCUGUUGAACAAGGUAUCAAAGCUCUAGCGACUCAUUGUCCAAAUAUUAUUGAAUUCAGAUUAGAUGUAAUUCGUGUAGAAAUUAAAGCCAUCAUGGAUCUGAUUAAAUCAUGUAAAGGAAUGCAAGUUUUAGUUCUUGGUGGGGUUGAUAUAAAUAAUGAGGAUUUUUUACUAGAUGAAUUAAUGGGAAAUAUUAGGUCUAAUAUUGGUCAUUCUAUAACAAUGCUCGAUUUGCGUGAAUGGGGAGUUAGUGAACAAGCUGUAAUAGAGUUGGUGAGAGAUUGCCGUAAGUUAAGUAAAUUGUUUCUUAGAUAUUGUCGUAAUGUUAACGAUAAUUGCAUAAAAUCAAUUUGUAAAUAUUUGGCCGGUAAUCUUAAACAUCUUGAUGUCGCAAAUUGUCCCUUGGUAACUCCUGAUAUUAUCGCAAUAGCUGAAACAGAAUUGGUAGAUUGUCGGAUAAUUCACGCUUCAAGACUUUAUUGUAUUGAGCAUAUUUGAUCUUUUCUUAUUUGAAUACCCCCCCCCCCUUUUUUUUGAAGU